UCUCUCUCUCAUCUGCUCCAUCGACCGUCCGCUGUCUACCGAUCCGCCCCUCCGAGGCCACCGAAUCCUCUCACGAAAAAGCUUAGAAAAUUCCAGCAGAAACCCCAACCCUCUAUCUCUCCUCGUCGGAAGCCUAGCCCUAACCUUAGCUCCGGAGAUCGACGGAAGAGGGGGUAGAUGGCGACGAUUAGCCUGAGGAAGGGGAACACGCGGCUGCCGCCGGAGGUGAACCGGGUGCUGUACGUGCGGAACCUCCCGUUCAACAUCUCGAGCGAGGAGAUGUACGACAUCUUCGGCAAGUACGGCGCCAUCCGCCAGAUCCGGAUCGGGACGAAUAAGGACACCCGGGGCACCGCCUUUGUCGUCUACGAGGAUAUCUACGACGCCAAGACCGCCGUCGAUCACCUCUCCGGCUUCAACGUCGCCAACCGCUACCUCAUCGUCCUCUACUACCAGCAGGCCAAGAUGUCCAAGAAGGUCGACCAGAAGAAGAAGGAGGACGAGCUUGCCCGCAUGCAGGAGAAAUACGGCUUGUCUUCCAAAGAUAAGUAAACAUCACACUAAAUCCCAGAACAGGUUACGGAUUGGGGGUUUCUUGAGAUGCGUCUUGCUCUAAGAGGUGACUUUUACAUCACUAGAACUUACUUGUAUGAUUUGAAUGCUUCUAUUGAAAAAAAAAAAAUCGAAUCUUUAGUGGAUUUGAUGACUAUUCUGUUGGAAUUUGUUUCAACUUUUGGAUGAUCUGUGCGUAUGGAUUUAUAUUCAGAUAUGUUCUUCUU